UGCUCUCCCGUGAUUCUGUCACGAUGCUGUUUCUCACCCUGCUCAGCGGUCUGGUUGUUGCGGCUACAGGUGCCCCGGGGGACGCGGACAUCGCGCGGGGCGGCAGGAUAGUGAACGGCACGGACGCGGCGCCAGGACAGUUUCCCUUUCAGGUGUCUCUUCAGUACGAGGGUAUUCACGUCUGUGGCGGGACCGUGCUGAGCAGCAGAUGGGUCCUCACCGCGGCUCACUGCCUUCAGGAUGAGGUUGCGGCCGCCUUCAGCGUGCUCGCCGGUACGAGUGAGCUGUCCCGGGGCGGCGAGAGGAGACCCGCGCUCCGGUACCGCCUCCACGAGGACUACCGCCCCGAGAGCAACUACGAAAACGACAUCGCCGUUGUAGAGCUGCAGACUGAGCUGUCUAUGAACGGAAACAUGGCGGCCGUGCCCCUGCCCAGACAGUCGCAAGUCACACCUGGAGGACUCAAGUGCACGGUGAUUGGCUGGGGAUAUCUGUUUACUGGAGGACCGACUAGUGACACCCUCAAGAUGGUUGACGUCGUGACGUACUCGGACGAGCAGUGCGAGGCAGUACUCGAGGGUCACGUGAAGCCGAGCAACAUUUGCGCCGGGAUGCCCGGCGGCGGGAGAGGCCACUGCAGUGGAGAUUCCGGAGGGCCUCUGAUUGUGAAUGAGGAACAGAUAGGCAUCGUCUCAUGGUCCGUGAAGCCCUGCGCCCAAGCACCCUACCCAGGUGUGUACACAGAAGUUGCACACUACGUUAACUGGAUCAAAGCUAUCACCAGUAUCACAUAG